AUGGCAAGCACUGACGGUGUAGCACCUCCCUCCCCCCCUGCCGGCGUUCCGCAUCGAUCGGAGCUACUGAAUAAACUUGACCCGCGGGCUCGCAAUGAUAAUAAGAGAGAAUACGAUGGCAGCUACGGUGACAAGACAGCGUACGGGACUGUGAACACAUCCACGCCGUCCCGCGUCUCUCAAGGCUCGUCUACCGGUGCACCAGGCAUCGCGCAUGUCGACGAUCGCCGUAAUGCCUACGACCCACGCACUACACAUUUCAACUCUGCUACCGGAUCGGGGUUUUCUACUGCGGGUGAGAGAGAAACAGAACUACAACAACGUGGUCAUCCUGGGACUGUCCACCCCGAGCAUGACCACGAGCAUAGGCAUCAUCAUGGCACUGAAACCAACCUGGACUCCUGGGCUACACGGACAAGUGAGCGCGCAGGUUCAGGAGUAACGGGGUUGGUGUCUGGUAUUCAUGGCGCCGGCGAAGCUCUCCGUGGCGGACUCAUGGCGGCAGCGGAUCGGAUCUUCGGGGACAGCGAAGGCGCAGCUAGGAAUGAAGAGAUCGCACGGAAGGGGGAGGAGGAGAUGAGGGAGGGGAUAUCACGGGUGUAG